AUGGAGUACGAGCGCAUCAUCUUGACCGUGGACGUGCCCCUGGCCAUGGCCCUGGGCGUGGUGGCGAACAUCGACGCGGACGUGCCCGGUGACAACCCCAUGAUCAUCAGUGGGAUGAAGAACUCGAUCUCGAAGCUGAGGGCGGCCAGCAUCUCGGGCUACGGUCCAUACGCGACCAGGGGCGUGGGUUUGAAGGAGCCCGCGAAGGUGCCCAACUUGUCGAUCAUAGGCCUGGACAUCGAGGUGACCACGAUCACGAGAGGCGAGGGGAUGCCGUUGCCGCACGACCCUUUGAUCAGCAUCGCCAUCAGCAAUGGGGGGUGGUACGACAAGCAGUUCGAGGACAAGUGCUACCUCAUCCACACGUUCGGGUACUGCACCAAGACCAAGUGGGAGGACGGGCGCCACCCCGCGAUCGUGAAGGUGGACAACCACGGAGUCGCGGUCAAGACGGCGUACGAGAUCCUCAGCCCCGACCUCGUAUCCAUCCACAACGGCUUCAAUUUCGACCUGAGGUCAAUCGGGUGCAAGGCUGCGUUCGAGCCCACGAUCGAGCAAGACGUGCGCGGAAGCCACCACGUGCGCAGCCAGGUACUUCCUCAAGAACAUGAUCACGGUCACGGAGCAGAACGGACACAAGGUCAUCUACGGGGACACGGACUCGAUCUUCGCUGGGUCAAGGGCACGUCCGAGGAGCAGUGCAUGGAGGCGGCCACUGUCCUGAAGAAGAGCAUCGACCAGAGCCUGGCCGGGACCCCGUUCGAGCACAUCGGCGCAGACAUCAAGGGGAACUACAAGACGAUCCUGAUCACGGCCAGGAAGAAGUACGCGGUCGUCGACUGA